GGGCGGGGUUUCCUUUGCCUCAUCCCGAGGGGCUGGGUGCCCGCUGCAGGGCACCCCGCUCUUCGCUGGCGCCUCGGGGUUUGGGAGUCUGUGGAGUCCUACCUCCGCACCUUGGGACCCUUUUAUCCGAGGGUCUGGGCAUCAGGUGGGAAAGACCCCUGAGGGGAGACAGCAUCCUACCCUCUUCCAGGCAGUCCAGGAGGGAGCCGGGCCCCAUUACCGUCCGAGGGUCUCGGGUGGGGCUGAGUGAAGCAGCCACCUGUCUUAUGCCGCAGAAACCCUGGGGUGGAGAUAUUUUCAUCUUGGUUUUCUGCCUGGUCUGUCCUCUCCUUCCACCAGGAGGCAGGGGACGGUUUUUGCACUUUCUUGCUAGGAACCUGAAGCCGCAAAGCUGAUGGCAUCCUUCUUCCCUGUCCAGGAAAGCGAAGCGACUGGUUUGGGAACAGAAUGCUCUAUGAUUUGGAGCUCCUCCCAUCCCAUUAAAGCCAGGAUGCUGUCUGAAUGUCGGAUUGCACAUCCCAUUGUAAAAUGUACUUACUGCAGAUCAGAAUUUCAACAAGAAAGCAAAACGAAUACAAUUUGUAAGAAGUGUGCUCAAAAUGUGAAGCAAUUUGGGACCCCAAAACCUUGUCAGUACUGUAACAUAAUUGCAGCAUUUAUCGGUACCAAGUGUCAGCGUUGCACAAAUUCAGAAAAAAAGUAUGGACCACCUCAGACCUGUGAACAGUGCAAACAACAAUGUGCUUUUGAUCGGAAGGAGGAAGGAAGAAGAAAGUUUCAGUUGACUUGGAGGAUGACUGUCUCUUUGAGGGGCUUCCCCAGGUCCCCCCACAGCAAUGUUGAUGGAAAGUUACUGUGCUGGCUGUGUACUUUAUCAUACAAGAGAGUUUUACAGAAGACAAAAGAACAAAGGAAGAGCCUGGGAUCUUCUCAUUCAAAUUCUUCAUCUUCAUCUCUCACGGAGAAAGACCAGCAUCAUUCUAAACAUCAUCACCACCAUCAUCAUCAUCACCAUCGUCAUAGCAGUAGCCAUCACAAAAUCAGCAAUCUCAGUCCAGAACAAGAGCAGGGACUGUGGAAACAGAGCCAUAAAUCCUCUGCAGCAAUUCAGAAUGAAACUCCAAAGAAAAAGCCCAAAUUGGAAUCUAAGCCAUCUAAUGGAGAUAGUAGCUCUAUAAAUCAGUCAGCAGAUAGUGGGGGAACAGACAAUUUUGUCCUUAUAAGUCAACUGAAAGAAGAGGUGAUGUCACUUAAGCGUCUCUUACAGCAAAGAGACCAGACCAUUUUAGAAAAAGAUAAAAAGUUAACUGAACUAAAGGCAGACUUUCAGUACCAAGAGUCAAAUUUGAGAACAAAGAUGAACAGUAUGGAAAAAGCUCACAAAGAAACUGUGGAACAACUUCAGAUAAUAAAAAGGGAAGUAGACAUAGAAAACCAGUUCUCAAGACCUUGAGUGAGGAAGUUUAUGCUGUGGGCAGUGAUGGAAGUCAAGAGAGUGUCCUUAAUCUGUGUACUGUGGUUUGCAAAGUGCCAAACAGUGACUCCUCCUUAAUCUCAGAGUAUUCCAAAAUACAAUAAGCAUGAUUUGAAUAUAGAGAAUAGCUGGUAAAUCUGAGAAUCAUACUAGCAAAGCUGGUAGAACCUAAUAUCUGGCAUUCAAGGAUGGUGAGCAUCUAUCAUGUGAUAGAGAUUGUUCCCUUAGUAGACAAAAAAAAAAGUUCCCUUAGUUUACUCUUACUUAUGUUUCAUACAUUUAGAAAUGAAAUCACACUAAGUUAACUAUAUGUUCUUCAAUGUAUAUAUUCUGAUAUUUGUAAAUCUAAUUUAUGAAUAAUAGGAUUUUAAGAAAGGUUAAGAAAUUGUUAAGUCUUAAAAGCAUAGAUGAGGCCAGCACACAGACUUCAGAUUUGACAGAAGAGUUUAUCUUUGAAAGGCAGGUAUUAAUACUGCCCCAGUUUUUGUUUUUGUUUUUGUUUUUGUUUAAUAUUGUAACAUUAAGAGAUACUUGCUAUUUCUGUCUUGGGUUCUAGUACUUGUCAAACAUCUUUGCAAGUAGUUUAAAUGGAGUAGAAUUUAAGUACCUGUUGAAAUUCUAGGUAUAGCUUGCUUGGUCUUAAACCUGACUUUACUAUUCAAAAUUUUUAAAUAGGAACCUCAUGAACCUGGAACAUUGUAGGCAUUCAAAUGAUUUGUUGAACGAGUAGUGAUUUAUGGAAAUGUCCUUCUGUCUUGAGAAAUUACCCACAUCUUAUAUUGGACUUCUUGUGCAUGAAUUAUUGUUUUUCACCCACCAUCAAGUAUUUUGAGUUUUGAUAUUCACAUUUAUUAUUAAUGCUGAAUGAUUACGUGAAGUAUAAUCUUCAACCUGAUAAUUUCUGAUUUAAUACAGUGUAACCAAAGCUCUGAAGUAAAUCCAGAAUGAAAUAACAGUAUAACUGUGAGCAAUAGUUAAGUAUGGUUUAACUUGGUACUUACCACUGUUAAAAAGAUCAUUGAAAUAAAUAAAUAAAUAAAUCAUAGUUGUAAGCACAAGAAAACCCUCUUUGCUUUUAGCCUGAUUGUUAUCUUAAACCUUGCAGAUGUUUGGUAGCUGAAUUUUCAUAUGAUGUUGGAGUAAUUAAUAUUUACAUAGAAUUAGGAUGGUUUCAGCAUGAUUUUACAUGCAUUGUUUUCUUUGCUUCUUAAAAUGAGUUAAGUGCUGUGCUCAUUUUUUAAAUGAAACUAUGUUCACAUAAUUAAUGAUAUAGAAACUUGCAUUUUCUGCCUCAGGUUUACAUAUCCUUUUACCUAUUCUUCAUGGGCUCCCACUACCCAAGUUACUCAGGUUUUCUAUUUCAUCCUCAUCUUCCCUGUACCUUUUGAGUUAUUGCUAGAGACGUUCUGUCAGAGCUAAGUGCCAUCUUUUUACCCCACUCCCUUUAGCAACCAGUAUACUAGUAGGAUUCUCUACUGAGGUGAGUAAACACAGUUAAUUAUUUUCUUAUCUUUUUAUGAUAAGGAAUUGAAUUCUGUAAUGUAUAAUUUAUCUUGCUCUAAUAGCUCACAAAAAAAUUUAAUGAUCAAACCUAGGAAUAAGCCUGAGUGUAACUCCCAAAAGUAUGGAAAAUAGCUCUUAAAUACCAAGAACACCAAAUAAAAUCUGUGUUAAUUUAGUAGAUGAGUGGCUAAAAGGGAAAAGGAACCAUUUGAAUGCCUACUAUGUACCGGUUGUUUUAUUAGGAGCUGUUUGAUGUGUUUGAUUAGUUCUUUCAACUGAUUUCAAAGUGGGUAGUUAAGUUUCUUUAUUACAAAUGAAAAGUUAUACUCCAGGUUACAUAAUAGGUAAGUGACAGAGCUAGAAUUUAAAGUGGGAUCUGUGUAAUUCUUAAUUUCGAUUUUGUUUCCUUUAGGCUAACAUUUAAUUUGCUUAAGAGUUUCUAUUUCGUAGAGUUCAUAAUAAAGAAAAGUUUUUAGGAUAAAACAUUUAAAAGUAUAAAGAUUUAUUUUUAAUAUACUCUAAUUAUAGAGUAAGACAAAUUUGAGCCUGUAUCCAUUUUACAGAUACACUGUUUAUCCUAAAGGGUUUUGCUUACAUAGUUUAUCAACAAUCAUACUUAUUAGUAAUGUGGUUUGGGGACUUAAAUAUAUAAAUUGCAGAUUGAAAAUUGGCAGCUAAAUCAUUAACAGAAAAAAAAAUUAUUCCAAGAUUAAUUUUUAUUUUUUUGUAUUCUGUACUUAGAAUAUAAAUAUUAUAAGCUCUUUUUAAAUUUCUCAGCAUGUCUGAGAAAAGAAUUUGGAGAUUCAUUUUUUAACCAUUUGGUAUAUUAGUACAAAUUUUUUAUAUACAUGUAACUUGCAGAUCUGGGGAGAUCUUUGUAGGCAUAGCCCCUUCGUUACUUUGUAUUUCAAAAUUUCUGUUUAAUUUUCCUGUUUUUAGCCAGUAGAUCCAUUAUGGUCAUGAAUUAAAUAAUGUAUAGCUAACAAUUAGUGAAAAUUUUUAAACUACCACGUUGACCGUAACUAUUCCGCUGAAUAAUAAAUUGAAUAAAUGUGCAUUGCUACUUGAUUUCCUUUUGUUUUUCAGGCUGUUUCAUUUUAAAGGGAAAAUAAAACUCCUUUUUGAUUUUGAUGACUUUCUAAAUUUGAAGUUAAUAUUGAUUUUGAAUGAAAAGUAAUUACCAUUUUAGUUAUUUAAUAACUAUUGAAUAUGAAAAUCUUACUCAUAUGUAGCCAAACAUGAAAGAUGAUUUGGUUGCACAUAUAAGAGACCACUGAAAAUAUUUGCAUUUUGGAGGCCAUACGUGUUACUUAGGAAGAGUUUGUAGACGUUCAGGGGAAUAGAAGUACAUAGCCUAAGAAUCUACUUUAAGAUGGCAUACAGGAAAGGCAGAAUAUUAUCUGGCCAUACAGAAGCUAAAAUUAAAGUAGAAAAUGAAGCACUAACAUUAAAGAAGUCUGUCUGAAUAGAAGAAUUUAAAACCUGUGAAUUAAAGUAGUUUUCAAACAGAAGGAUAUCUUUAAAACUUUUGUUAUUUUUAGGACAGUGCUCAGAUUUCAAACCAUUUUUAUCAUUCUUUAUACUUUGGAUCAAAAACUUGGCAAAUGCUUGAUCAUUAAUAUAUUUGUAUGUACUAGAGAUUCUUUUUUUUUUUUAUCCUUUAGCCUGAUUUUUUUUUUAAAUUUUUUAUUGUUGGUUGUUCAAAACAUUACAUAGUUCUUGAUAUAUCAUAUUUCACACUUUGAUUCAAGUGGGUUAUGAACUCCCAUUUUUACCCCAUACUAGAGAUUCUUAUCAAAGUUUCCAGAGUCAAGAAACUGCAUAGAGUGGCAAAGGCAGUCAAAAUAUGAAAAUACUCAUUGAAGGUAGCUACUUUAGACAGUCCUCCACACGAAACACUAGUGACUGUUGUAGCACAUUGGAUCGAGGGGCAACGUCUUUGUCAAUGAUGGUUGGGACAUUAUAUAGUGCAGUGUUAAAGUUCAGUUCAGGUUGUUGGCAAAGAAAUUUUGAAUCUUGGCAAAAAAAAAAAAAAAAUAGCCUUUAUUGAAAGUAAAAGCAUUAAUGAUAGAAAUUACUUAGAUCCUACAAAGCCAGUAUCAGAUGACUAUAUGACAAUUAAAGAAACAAAAAUAAGGUCAUGAAGAGUGGUUCUAAUGGGUAUGUAAAACAAGAAGAUCUUUGGUGAAGUGAUGAAGGGGAUAAUUUUUAUUUAAAAAAUUGCUUAGGCUUGUUCUACAAGAAGGUAAAAAUCAAAUGAAAGACUAUAUACAGCUUGCUCAUGUCAUGUUUUAAAAUAAAGGACCAAAUUGUUUCUCCUACUUAAAACUUGAACCUUUUAAGCAGACUCACUUUGUUGCCUUUUUUGUGACCAAGUUUAUCUUUGGACAUAAAUUAUAUUAAUACUGACGUUUACCAAAAAAGGAUCCAUUAAACCAAUAUCUAGAAUUUUUUCUUCUACCUGUUUAAUCUUAAAAGGAAGAAUCUAAACACACCAACUCUUUCAUUUGAUCUGUUACUAUUUUUAAUCUUUUGUUAUAGAAAUGAAAAAAACAGUAUUCUGCAGUGUGACUUUAUAAUAUUUCAUACUUUUUAAAUCUUGAAUUUUUGUCUC